UUUUUGACUGGAUGGUUUUUGACAUAAAAUCGCCCAAAAAUCAGCAAUCUCCAUUUUCCUUUGUGAAAUAUUUAAUUUUUCUUAGAAUUUUUGUUUUACUCAUCGUAUUUCAUUAUCAAAAUACCGAAUUGAUUAAAUAGAAACUUAAAAUACGAAACUUUUCGUAAUGAUCCACAAUUUUGCUAGGAUGGAUGUGAUAGUUGAAUGACUAUUCAAGUAUUGACUAGUCAACAUAAAAUCAGCUGAGUUUUGUUUUCAUUAUUGAGAGUGGCUGUGGCUGUGUUUUGUAGCGAUAGGUACUUCACAUCUUGAGGUAGUGACACAAAUUGCCUACAAUGAACGAAAUAAAAUCACUGGAACACGCCACUUUGAAGGUACCCUAUGAAGUGUUCAACAAGCGUUACCGCAAUGCUCAGAGGGUGUUGGAUGUAGAAGCAAGGCAAGUUGCCUCAUCUGUAAGUGACAUUGAUGCUGCUACGAAGAAAGGUGCUACAACUGGCGAGAUUGACUCACUACUUGGUGGGAUGGUAGAGAAGCUAACAACAAUGAAGCGCAAAGCAUCUGAGGCGAUAACAGAGGAGGUGCAAGCCGCAUUUGUGUGCAAGAAACGCUUGGAACACCUCAAGGAACAGGCGGAGGCGCUCGCAGACCCUACCGCACCACAGGCUAAGACUCAAAUGAAUCAAUGGCGUAGCGUACGUUUGGACAGAAUGCUCGUGGACUAUUUCUUGCGCAAUGGCUACUACGAUUCAGCCAACAAGUUGGCAGAUAAGCGCGACCUUAGGGAUCUCACUAAUGUUGAUAUCUACGCGGCGGCGGCAGAAGUUGAAGCGGAGCUGUCCGCGCGCCGCACCGCUCGAUGUCUUCAGUGGUGCGCCGACAACCGCUCCAAGCUGCGCAAACUCAACUCCACCAUGGAGUUCAAGAUACGCAUCCAGGAGUUCAUAGAGUUGGUUCGUGAAGAUCGUCGCCUGGAGGCGGUGCGCUACGCUAAGAAGCAUUUCUCCACAUACGAAGACGGUCAGCUAGACGAUAUACAACACUGCAUGGGAAUGCUCGCCUUUCCCAAGGACACAGAAGUGGAGCCGUACCGCUCGUUGCUGGGCGGCUGGCGCUGGGGCGCGCUGGUGGCGCAGUUCCGUUGGGAACACGCGCGCCUGCUGCACCCCGCGCGCUUGCCGGCCUUACCCGUCGCUCUGCAGCUCGGCCUCGCUGCGUUAAACACGCCUCAGUGCUACGUGGAGAGCACGCAAGUGUCGGCGUGCCCGGCGUGCCAGCCGCCGCUGAACGCGCUGGCGCGGCUGCUGCCGCACGCGCACUGCUCGCACUCGCGCCUCGUGUGCCGCAUCUCGCGCCUGCCGCUCAACGAGCACAACCAGCCCAUGGUGCUGCCCAACGGACAAGUCUACGGCGAGAAGGCGCUGAAGGAAAUGAUGAAGGAACACGGAUCGAUCAUAUGCCCAAAGACAAACGAAGUGUUCUGUAUGAAACGCGUAGAGAAAGUCUACGUUAUGUAAACUAUACGAAACACAAGAUAUACCUAAUUAUGUAUUUAUGUCGCCACGUUUUUGCCAAAUAUUU